UCCGCCCCUCAUCUUUGGCAGGCUGGAAGCCCGAUGACGUAAUGGAGCAGAGGGUUCCUCACCUCCACCCGCCUCUCCAGCUGAUAGAAGGCGCUGCUCGCUGCAUCCUCGCCUCUUCCUCUGCUCCUGAAUCCCGGCAGGGACCCCCAGCGGCUCUUCUUUCUCCGGCGUCCUUAGGAAGGAACCUGCCGCUUGGGAGUCGCUGUGAAAGGGCCCGGGAGGCAGCUCGGCAGGACGCGAUGAAGAUGCUGGGCUCGCCUUGGACUCGGUUCUACUCCAACAGCUGCUGUUUGUGCUGCCAUGUCCGCACUGGGACCAUCAUCCUGGGAAUCUGGUAUUUGAUCCUCAAUGCAGUGGUUCUGCUGAUUAUAUUGAGCGCUUUGACAGAUCCUGGCCAGUACCACUUAGCGGGUACUGAAUUAAGCAAUGACUUUGAAUUUAUGGAUGAUGCCAAUAUGUGUAUUGCAACUGCAGUUUCUCUUCUCAUGAUUCUCAUUUGUGCGAUGGCCAUCUAUGGUGCAUAUAAGCAACAUGCAGCCUGGAUCAUCCCUUUCUUCUGUUACCAAAUCUUUGAUUUUGCACUCAACACUUUAGUUGCUAUCAGCGUACUGGUUUAUCCAAACACAGUUCGGGAUUAUCUGCAGCAACUGCCUGCAAAUUUCCCCUACAAGGAAGAGAUUAUGUCAAUGAAUUCAAUCUGCUUAAUUGUCAUUCUUCUUCUUUGUUUAAGUAUCACAUUGGCUUUCAAGGCUUACUUGAUCAGUUGUGUAUGGAAUUGUUACCGUUACAUUAAUAACAGAAACAACUCUGAUGUCCUGAUCUACAUUACCACUAAUGACACAGCGGUGCUGUUGCCAUCAUAUGAUGACUCUGCAAAUAGCCCAGAGAAAGAUGCCCCUCCUCCUCCUUACGUAGCUGCAUAAGUGUGAUAUGUACCUAAAAAAAAACAACUAUAUUAUUUUUCAGAUCAUCCAAGCAAUAUAUCCUUCCUCUUUCAAGAUGGACAUGCAAGAACCUAGAUUUAUUUAUAGAUUAUUUUCAAAAUGUGUUUGUGUUUUCUUGUUUUGCCUAAAACAUCACUGAACUGGCUCAGUUUAACAAAGUAUACUAUUGCAUUGUAGGUUUUUUUCUUCAUGUAAUAUGUAUUUUUAUUUCCACCAUACCUAUACGUGGAAGUUUUGCAGAACUUCCAAAUCAAUUUUAAGAAGUCUUAAUUUACAACUUUCAACUGGAUUUAGAUUUACCUUUCCUUUAAUCCAGAUGCAGGCAAACUAUAGGUCAAAUAUAGCAUCUUACAUCACAAUGUUGCUACUGGGUGGCAAAAUAGCCAAAUUUCAGAGGAAUUUCAGACUGUAGGGUAGAAAAGGAUAGGAAAAAAGUUAUCUAUCUGCCUCUCCCACAAAUAGGGAUUUAUGUUUCUUUUCUUACUCUAACUAUCCCAUCCCCAAACAUAAAAAAACCCCAAAACAUUAUAAUCCUCCUAGUCCAGAAAUAAUAUGUUUCAUCAGCCAGAUGUUUCCAUAAAAUGUAAUCACAGUUCCCAUUAUCCCUAACUGGAAUAGCCAACCACUGUACUGGCUGAAGGAUAUGAAAAUAGUGCAGUUUAAACAGUGGGAGGGUAUCAGGCAGGGGACUACAGAUUAAGAUUUUUACCAUAUUUCCCCAAAAGUAAGACCCAGUCUUAUAUUAUUUUUGCCUCCAAAAGAGGCAUUAAGUCUUACUUUUGGGAGGUGUCUUAUAUUUUUCGUGGCACCUGCCUCGCCUCACGGUGGCAGCACUAAUAGCCCUAUCCAGCAGGAGCUGCAGGGCUGCUGGCCCACUUCUGCUGCGGCUGCUCGCGGCAGAAGGCCACGAGGCACAUCACACUGCUGCCGCCACAAUGAGGCGAGGCAGGUGGGGAAGGGGGUGGAGCUGCCCCAUGUGCCCUGCACCCGCUUCCUUCAGGGCCCCCCCAGCAGACCAUUCCUUGCUCCCUUUCAUUCCCCUCCCGAGCCGGACUGCCAUGCUACUGUAUGGAGGAUGGGUGGGGUAGACCUGGUUCCCUUCUGCCAUUUCGGAGCCAGGGGGGAAUGAUGGCAAAAGGCUCCGCUGCAGUGGAGUGUGUUCUGUUGUCUGCUUUAAUAUAAGAAUUUAAUACUCCUAUUUGUUCCAUUUGGAUAACUCCAGUGUCUAUGAUGUCUGGACUAUGGCAAAUAAUAAUAAUAAUGUUUUCAAUAUGUAUUACAAUCAUUAUCAUAUAACCUUACAACAACCCUAGAGGAUAGGCCAUUAUUUCCAUGUCUAGUUUAAUUCUUAUAAAUAAGCUGGCUACAAUUGCCUUCAUGACUGACACAGCAUACAAAUUGGCUGAAAGAAUGAGUAAGUAACAUUUGCUGUUCUUAUCUGGGACCCAUUAAAUCAGUUAAACAUAAGGAUGACUGUCUUCAAUCCCAUUGAUUUUAAGCCUAUGUUUCUUAAAGGUUUAGUAUAGGUUUACUUGAGAAGCUGGUAUAUAAUCACAAAGCUAUAAAUCAAUAAAAUUAUUGUUUCUUCUUCACUCAUUUAAAAAUGGAAUCUCUCUCACUUUUUGAAUGAGUCAUGCAUUACAUGAAGCCAUAGUUUGCUUAAAUGAACCACAGCUGGCUGGGUUUGUACAGAUGACAACAUUAAGAAAGUUAUAUGUGGGUUACCGCAAUGCAUAAAAUAAUAAUAAAAAAAGAUUAUGAAGAAACUAGGGACAAUUGUUCCAUACUUCUCUAUUUGGCCAAUGUUUAAAGUAGAUUACAUAUUAGUCUCAGUGCAGCUGUUGAAGAUUAUUAGCCUACUAUUGGUACAACACAUGCCUUAAGUGCAGUAAUUCAAGGGUUCAGCCCUGGUUAUAUUCACAUAAACAUCCAUUUUCCCCAAACGUUUUUGAAAUGUUUAUAAAACUGAAAAACAGGAUUGAGGGUAAUGAAAGUAGUGAAGUGGAAUUGGAACUGAAAACAAAGCAAAUUUCUCCUUCUGGGAUGAUGUAAAAGGAAGAACUAAUAGACACCCCUACUUCCAGUACAGGCUAUUUCUUACUAUGUACUAAUUUGCUGAUCAGGCUAUGAAGUGACAACGAAUUUUCCACAUAAGAAGUUUUUCUUUUGUUAUGCUAGUCACUAUUGCACUGGAUUAGGCCUUACAAUCAAUUUAAAUUCAUAUUUUCUUUAGUUUUGGUUUACCUGAUCUGGAUAAUUAUCUAAGUGUUCAGUUUGGUUUACUAUUUUUAAUUUGUGAAAUUUUUAAUUAUCUGUAUGAAAUGAGCUAUACACACUUUUCAUUCAAAACUUGUGGUAAAAUUAAAUCUAAUAAAAGGAUUAUUUGCUCAUA